CCUCUGUGGCACAAAAGUUACUACGGUAGCGGAGCUGGUUACGGCCAGCUCCCGAUGGGCGCCUUCCCCGCGGUUAGGGGGCGAGCGGUCCACGGCAACCAGCUGACAUACCAGCUGGACAAGAUCCACGCCCACGUCACCGAGCAGCUGGACAAGGUCUACGUGACCACAGGAGCGCUGGACAAGGUCUACGUGACCACAGGAGCGCUGAACGAGGUCUACGUGACCACAGGAGUGCAAGACGAGGUCUACGUGACCACCACAGGAGUAAAAGACGAGGUCUACGUGACCACAGAGCUGAAGGACGAGGUCUGCGUGACCACACACAAGCAGAGCGAUGUUUUCGUGACCACAGACAAGCAGAGCGAGAUCUACGUGACCACCGACAAGCAGGACGAGGUCUGCGUGACCACCGACAAUCAGGACGAGGUCUACGUGACCAACGACACGCAGGACGAGGUCUACGUGACCUCCGACAAGCAGGACGACGUCUACGUGACCACCGACAAGCGGGACGAGGUCUACGCGACCACCGACGAGCAGGACGAGGUCUUCGUGACCAUGACGGAGCCUGGUGCCGAGUGGCAGGGAUUCGGGCUGAAGCCACCAACGUUCGACGGCCACGAGGAGAUGGGGUCAGAGAUGAGUUUCGUGAUGCGGGCGUACCUGGGCAUCAGCAUGGCGGAUGCUGUCCAUCGUCUGGGAGUUGAAGGAGAUGCGGCAACGAAGAUGAUGCUUUUCGCGCUGGUCCUGACAGCGAAAGGCAGCGCGCAGAUGCUGAUCAGGGGCGCAGAGGACCAGAACGGAGCGCUGGCGUGGCGCGCUCUGAUCAAGCGCUACGAGGCAGCGACGGCAAUGAGGGCGCAAAGUAUCAUGACAGCGAUUCUGAAGGUGGAGAAUUUCCCUUCGGACCUGGCGGGGUUCGAGCAGUGCCACUCAGACAUGGGAGCGCGGCGCCAGGCGCUACGAAACGGCGUCAGGAGAGUUACGAAGGACUGGAAGCCAAAGGUGCAGGAGAGGAAGGUCUACAGCAUGAUGUGGAACGGCAUGUGGCUGUCGUUCUGGACGCUUGCGGACAGCUGCGCAGAUGAGCACGUGCGCGGCAUCAGGGACUCCCCGCGCAUCAUCUUGGAGUUCCAGGCCGCUGACGUGAAGCAGCACAUCAUAAGCGUGGGCAAGUUCUGCACCAAGAUGGAGAGCCGCGCUGCGUGGUGCGACGGCAAAGGAGGACUGCUGAGGCACGAGACGGCAGGACUGGUCAAGCCUAAGAAGACCAACGACCACUACGCACUGGAGUGCUGGACCAAGAUGUACGUUGACAUGGGGGUGGUCCACGGAGAGAUGGCGCUGCUGGCGCCGAUCGGGGCAGCAGUCGCAGCAGCGCGACCAGGUGAGGAGAGCGAAGACGGAGACGCAGGACCAGUCGCAAUUCCCGACGACCACGAGACAGUGGACCCGAGACGACAGCCAGUGGACUACGUGGACCUUUUUACUCGAGAGCCACUUGCAGAGGUGAUCGAGAGACACGAGCUGACGCACUACCCAGCUGAACCAGGGUGUGAGAUCUGCAGCCAGGCAAGGACCAACGACGUAGCCCGCAAGAAGGAGGAUAGCCGCGACGAGCUGAUCCCACUGCUGAGCUUCAACUACGGCCAGGCGGGCAUCGAGGGGGACCCCGUCGACUUCGAGUUCGUAUUGGGCAGCGGCGCUCCGACCGGGGGCAUCUGGAGCACGGCCAUCAUUCCGAAAGUUCGAGACGACGUCUGUCCCAGUUCGACGUCUACGACGUCGAGCCGGGGCACUCACGAUUGCAAUUGCACGCAGAGGGGGGCAGCCGUCUUCUCGUUCAUCAUGGCAGUCAGGGCCAGGGCGAUCAAGGACGGCAUCUGCGAGACGUUCCUCAUGGGGCAGUCGGAGAGGUGCAACAGCCAGGCGCGCGGCAGGGCCGACAGAGUUACCCAGACGGUUAGGCAUGCAGCGUGGCUCUGCAACAGAUGCAUGGUCAGGGAGGGCACCAACCUCACGCCCUUCGAGAAGACCCACAUGCUCAAGCACCAGAAGCCCACCGUCGCAGUCGGCGAGGCAGUGAUCUGCAGGAGGCCAGGAGCCCAGGUGAACAAGCUCGGGCUGCCGCGGCUGGAGGGCAUCUGGCCAAGUGGCGACGCGAGGACGGGCGGGCACCUGAUCGGAGCGCCGACGAGAGCGUGCAGGCCCCGGGCGGUGAAGAGGAAGGUGGAGGGCCGACGCUGGGACAAGGUGCUGUUCGACAAGAUGAGGAGUCCCAAGCGAGAACGCGAAGGCGGAGAAAGAAGCGAAGGCAAGAAGUCCAUGGUCGCUACCAUCCAGAUAAUCAACGCGGCGAUGCUGGUCAGCGCGGGGUUGCACGACCACGCGGUGGCGUUUGGCGACUGCAGUGGAGCUUUCCACCGGGCACCGCUCACCGAGGACCGCAUCUUCCUGGAGCCGCCACCAGAAGCAGGAGUACCUGAAGGACAUGUUCGGGAGGCGCUGUGCGCAUUUCCAAGAUCCAAAGGAGCGCCGAAGGCUUGGGAGGACCACGGCGCGGACACCAUGGAGGAGCUUGAGAUGGUCAGGGGCCACUACGACGGGUGUCUCUUCGCGAAGCUGAGCAACAGCUACGCGAUCAGCGGCAAGACGAGCUUGACCGACGACGUCCUGAAGGAGCUGGGCCUGGAGACGGCGAAGCCAUCAGUACUGCCCGAGACCACGAACGAGAUGCACAUGAAGAGCGACGAGUUCAAGCUAGACACAGUGGGCCACAGUUGUCACAGGGGCAUGUCAGGACCGACGGAGAAGGACCUGGCGGGGCCGCAGAAGAUGGAUCGGUACCUUGCAGGCGCGCGAGACUACAAGAUGCAGUUGCUUCCGAACAAAGGGGACAUUGCAGUGGAGUGCUGGGUGGGCGCAGAAUGGGCCGAUGACAAGACGGACGGGAUCUCGACGAGGGGUGGCAUCCUGAAGCACCACGGAUGCACCAUCCUGUCGUGGUCGAGACGCCAGGGCUGCGCGGCAUUGAGUUUGGCGGAGAGCGAGCUACACGCGCUGGGAUCGGGAGCAGCGGAGGCUCUCGGACUGGCAUCACUACUCGAGGAGUGGAAAGAGAAGCCGAUGCUGCUCGCGAUGAGCGACAGCAGCAGCGUGCUACAUAUUGUAAAGAAACGCGGGCCAGGACAGAUGAAGCACGCGGAGAUGCGCUUCCUGGCGCUGCAGCAGUGGCGAGAACAAGGGUGCACGAAUGAGCAGCGAGAUUUGCCCGACAAGCACGUGCGCGGCAUCAGGGACUCUCUGAACGUGGAGCUCAAACCUGGAUGCAGCCCCAACCUGACGGUCGCAGACGGCGCGCUACUGCGGUACUACGGAUCGAAGACGGCGACGCUCUGCAUAGCUGGCGACAGGCGCAUCAUCUUGGAGUUCCAGGCCGCUGACGUGAAGCAGCACAUCAUGAGCGUGGGCAAGUUCUGCACCAAGAUGGAGAACCGCGCGGCGUGGUGCGACGGCAAAGGAGGACUGCUGAGGCACGAGACGGCAGGACUGGUCAAGCCUAAGAAGACCAACGACCACUACGCACUGGAGUGCUGGACCAAGAUGUACGUUGACAUGGGGGUGGUCCACGGAGAGAUGGCGCUGCUGGCGCCGAUCGGGGCAGCAGUCGCAGCAGCGCGACCAGGUGAGGAGGGCGAAGACGGAGACGCAGGACCAGUCGCAGUUCCCGACGACCGCGAGACAGUAGACCCGAGACGACAGCCAGUGGACUACGUGGACCUCGAGACUCGAGAGCCACUUGCAGAGGUGAUCGAGAGACACGAGCUGACGCACUACCCAGCUGAACCAGGGCGUGAGAUCUGCAGCCAGGCAAGGGCCAACGACGUAGCCCGCAAGAAGGAGGAUAGCCGCGACGAGCUGAUCCCACUGCUGAGCUUCAACUACGGCCAGGCGGGCAUCGAGGGGGACCCCGUCGACUUCGAGUUCGUAUUGGGCAGCGGCGCUCCGACCGGGGGCAUCUGGGCGAUCAAGGAGACGUUCCUCAUGGGGCAGUCGGAGAGGUGCAACAGCCAGGCGCGCGGCAGGGCCGACAGAGUUACCCAGGCGGUUAGGCAGGCAGCGCGGCUCUGCAACAGAUGCAUGGUCAGGGGGGGCGCCAACCUCACGCCCUUCGAGAAGACCCACAUGCUCAAGCACCAGAAGCCCACCGUCGGAGUCGGCGAGGCAGUGAUCUGCAGGAGGCCAGGAGCCCAGGUGAACAAGCUCGGGUUGCCGUGGCUGGAGGGCAUCUGGCCAGGUGGCGACGCGAGGACGGGCGAGCACCUGAUCGGAACGCCGACGAGAGCGCGCAGGCCCCGGGCGGCGAAGAGGAAGGUAGAGAGCCGACGCUGGGACAAGGAGUUGUUCGACCAGAUGAGUCGACACCUACCAGGCGGGCGGCAGCAAGAAGACUCGGUGGACCACGAGGGGCCUCGAGCGGCGCGGGGACUUCGUGGCCACGACCCCUCACUCCCGCACCUGAAGGCGAUGCUGGUCAGCGCGGGGUUGCACGACCACGCGGUGGCGUUUGGCGACUGCAGUGGAGCUUUCCACCAGGCACCGCUCACCGAGGGCCGCAUCUUCCUGGAGCCGCCACCAGAAGCAGGAGUACCUGGAGGACAUGUUCGGGAGGCGCUGUGCGCAUUUCCAAGAUCCAAAGGAGCGCCGAAGGCUUGGGAGGACCACGGCGCGGACACCAUGGAGGAGCUUGAGAUGGUCAGGGGCCACUGCGACGGGUGUCUCUUCGCGAAGCUGAGCAACAGGAUGAUGGCAGGUGGGGGCGCCGACGACUUCCUAAUCACUGGACCGAGCGACGAAGUCGACUUGCUGCUAGAGGUGAUGGGAGAGAGAUGGAAGUCAGCGGACGUGGUGGAGCUAACCCAGAACGGAGACCAGGCACCGUUCCUGAACGCGCAGGUGGAGAAAGUCGAGGGCAGCUACGCGACCAGCGGCGAGACGAGCUUGACCGACGACGUCCUGAAGGAGCUGGGCCUGGAGACGGCGAAGCCAUCAGUGCUGCCCAAGAGCGACGAGUUCAAGCUAGACACAGUGGGCCACAGUUGUCACAGGACCUGCGUGGGGAAGCAAUUUGGGUUGGCGAGCCGCUGUCCUGACAUUCAACGUGGAAUUGGAGUUCUAAGCAGGGGCAUGUCAGGACCGACGGAGAAGGACCUGAGGAGGCCGCAGAAGAUGGAUCGGUACCUUGCAGGCGCGCGAGACUACAAGAUGCAGUUGCUUCCGAACAAAGGGGACAUUGCAGUGGAGUGCUGGGUGGACGCAGAAUGGGCCGAUGACAAGACGGACGGGAUCUCGACGAGGGGCGGCAUCCUGAAGCACCACGGACAUAUGAAGCACGUGGGGAUGCGCUUCCUGGCGCUGCAGCAGUGGCGAGAACAAG